AGAACGAACAGAGCAAUUGACUUACUGAUUGAAUAUGCGCUGAAUACUUCUCUCCUCACAACGAUGUUCGCUAUCGCUACUCUGAUCACGUUUGUCACUAUGGAUAAGACCCUGGUAUAUACACCAUUCUUCAUGAUAUUGGUUCGACUUUACUCUUGUUCGUUUAUGUCAACUCUCAACUCUCGAGAUGUCGUUCGACAAGAACUCGACGGGUCGGGUAGUGAAGUGGUCGAUUUGUCUAGGAUGUCUGCAAUGGAAGGAACAGAAUCUCAGCUCAGAGAAGAA